AUGGGGAGUGUUUUCAAUCCCUGGAAGUGGAAAGAUAUAUUUUUAGCUUACUUGCUUACAAACUGUUCAUUAUAUGAAGUCAAGGAAAUAGAAAGAAGUUUACAAAGUGCCUUUGAAGGUCAUGAUAAAGCCAAUUUAAUGUCAAGUUGGACCUGGUAUAAAUACUCAACAUGUUUUCAAAAUAUACAUUUUUACUUUAUAGUCAAGCUGAUGUUAAGCAGCAUAUUUUCUACUUUAAUUAUUGCCACAAACAGCGUGAAUUUAUCCUUUAAUUAUAGAGAUCUGAGUACUGCCAGCCUCCGCUACCUCAGCAGCAGGCAAGCCUUGGCUGACAUCGCCAACUUCCGAACUGAAAUAGCAAGGAAACUGGGACUCACAGAAAAUAAAUGGGUUGCAUAUGGUGGCUCUUAUGGUGGUUCCCUUGCAGUGUGGUCGAGAAUAAAACACCCCAACCUGUUUGCUGCAGCAGUGGGCAGCAGUGCACCAAUUCAAGCAAAACUUAAUUUUUAUGAGUACAAGGAAGUAAUUGGAAGGAUUCUGUCUGCUCAUAAUAGCGAAUGUCCCAAAGCAGUGAAAGAGGCUUUUGCUAUUCUUGUACAGAUGCUGAAACGUCCAAAAUACUACAGUAAGCUUGAAAAAGAUUUCAUGUUAUGUGAACCUAUUAAAAUUAACUCACCAAAGGACACAGCCUUUCUCAUGGUGAAUAUGAUAUGUAUUGUUCAUUCCUUUGUUCGUAAACAGAUUAACAAAAUUAUUAAGGGAGAACAAGAUGAGCUCAACAUUGAUAACCUAUGUGACAAUAUGACUGACACUUCACUCGGUUCACCAUAUGACAGAUUCACAAAAAUUGUACAUUUAUUCCUUAAGAGUAAACACAUGGAUUGCCUUAGUGCAAAUUAUAAUGAUGAGUUGGAACAAUUGUCUAACCCUUCCUUGGACUACCUACAUAUUAAGUAUGACAGGCAAUGGUUCUAUCAGUGUUGCACUGAAUUUGGCUUCUUUGAGACCACGGAUUCAAAGAACCAGCCCUUCUCUGGAACACCUCUCAGGUAUUUUUUUCAGUUAUGUUCAGAUGUCUUUGGCCCUGAGUUCAGUAGGGAUUUAGUGGCUCAGGGAGUAAAGACCACCAACAAGUACUAUGGCGGCUUCAAUGUGAACGGAAGCAAAAUCAUCUUUUCCAAUGGUUCCAAUGAUCCUUGGCACCGUUUGGGAAUCACAAAGGAUAUCAGUGAAGAUUUGCCUGCUGUCUUCAUUAAAGGUAACACAGUUCUGAACAGUCAAAGACACACAAAUAGGAUGAAAUAUAUAUACAGAGCAAGUGAUGUAUAUUGCCAUAAGAGAAACUAUAAAGUGGGCUCAAAAGAAUAUGGUGAAGGACACUGUGCAGAUGUGUCAGAACAAGAUGAUACUGAUUCAGCUGAACUAAUUGAAGCACGAGAAAAAAUAUUCCAGAUCCUACAAAAAUGGCUAAAGCAAUAG